UUUGGCGGUUGUGAUGCAAGUAUAUGGAGCGGAUCGUGUAGUGUUUGGAGCCCACUAUGCCAGCGAUCCCAUUCUUAUGGGGAUGUGGCGUUUUCCACUGUGAUACCAGGGCCUUAUGCUGGUGUGACGGAAGUGGAGAAGCAAUUCCCUAUGCCUUGAAGCCCCUCUCAGCCGGCAUCGGCUGGAGCGGUUGUACAAGUUCCGACGUCCAGCGAAGAAGCUGGAGCUUGCCAGAGAGGGGAAGCAUCCGACUUAAGAAAAAGACGCGAAAGUCCAUACGCUACAUGUCGACGGGCAACCACGGCGUUUUGGCGUUUCGAUCCGCAGGUGUUCAGUUUGUUGACUUUUGCAGGGUGAGACCUCGAGUCACGGCUGCGGUUUCUGCACAUCGAGGCCUAUGUGCGCGGCCAGAGCUGCUCUGAUGGUCCCGUGUUCAAAGAUGUGCCAAUGCUCCAGAAGGGACGGGACAAAAACGAGGAAGCUCGGAAGGCCGCAAGGACCCCAUAGGUUUUUCAAACGGUGCGAUGCCAUGAAAAAGUGGACCUUGGCUUGGUGGGUUCUAUGCCUAGCUGUGCCUGGCUUGGCUUGCACAGGCGAGUGCGAAAGCGCGGAGCUUCUUCAGAUCAAGUCCGGAGACCUUGGCUCUCGGGUGAGGUUUCAAGUGCUGGCCAUCAACAAUAAGAAUGGCAGGGGGAGCCUGGACAACUCCUGGCUCCACACCAGCCUGGCCGCCCGCGGGGGCGGCACCCGCGCCAUGGCCGGCACUGCGGGGCAGCUGAGGGCCUUGCGUGCCAUGCGCUUGCUGCCGCAGGUGGACCAGAUCGUGGCGGUCAGCGGGGCAACGUGGACCACAGCCAUCUACCUCUAUGCGCCCAAGAGUCAAUACACAGAUGAGGACCUCCUGGGCAGGAGCACCUUCCGGCGGCUGCAAAGCCUCACGUUGGCGGCGCUCAACACCUCGAACGGUGCCAUCUUGGAGCGGGCCGCGGCGGACUUUGGGCCCGCCUUCGUUGCGGCUUUCUACAGCAACAUUUCCUACCACGAGGUGUACGAGAAGGCCGUUGGUGCCACCUACUUCUGCCCCUUCGGCAUCAACGGCGAGCUGCCUGUCUGGCCUGUUUCAGGCAUUUGCUGGAACAACAACACGAACCAAGUCUUUGCAGAGACCAAGGAUCAGCUCAAACGCAUCCAUGACCAGGGCAAUCAGCACAACGACCUGGAUUUGUCCAACGCACUGAUCCGGCAAAGGACUGAUGUGCACAGCUUUGUUCUCCAGGCCUCCCUGCUGUCGCCGGAGGGAUACCUGCCGAAGGGCCAGGGCAUGGUCUCGGUGCGGUUCAGUGCUGACUACUCGGGCAGCCCGUACAUUGCGGACUGCAAGACGGUGCAGUUUGAUCCCAUCAACACGACCUUAUUCGAGAACCUCUCCAGUUUGCCGGAUGUGGUGGUGGGGGGCGGCGUGGUGUCCUCCUUCGCCUUCAUGGCCACCACUGCCCCUUAUCAGGACAAGAAACAGGCGGGCCGCGGAUACUUGGCGGGCGGCGACCUUGUCGACACCGGCGUGGUGUCUUUGCAGCAGGCCUCCGCCUUCAGCUCCUCUGUGCUGUCGCUGCUGGGCCUGGCCUUCCCAGAUCUGCUGAAGCUCAUUGCUGCGGGGGCGGGCCUGAACAUCAGCGCAGAACUGGAUUUGGACCCCUUCCUCUUUACCCCGACGCGGCUGUAUUGGCCAGUGGCCUCCCGCAAGCUCGGGGACACCGCCGCCAGGGAGUUCUACCUGGGUGACGGGGCCUCCAUGGACAUCGGAGGUUUGUUGGAGGCCAUCCGCAGCGGCGCCAGCUGCGCAGUGUCGCUGCUGAACAACGAGCGGCCCAUUGACACCACGGUGGUGGGGGACUGGUGCAAUCCCCCUGACGCGGUGCGGCAGAAUCCUCAGCUGCUCUUGUCCGGCGGUCAGUUCAACGACCCUGCCUACGACUACUUUGGAGUUGCUGUGGAUCUACCCAACGACACCACUUUGCAGACUCUGGCGUUUGACUAUUCCAACAACCAGGUCUUUGAGACGGACUUGAUCUUCGAUCUCUUCUGCGAGGCACAGACGCUGACAGCUGCCGGGAAGCCUGCGGUGGUCUACAGAGACUACACGACGAUAAAAAACAAGUACUGGGGGAUCGAGGCAGGGCAGAAGCUGGAGGUGAUCUUCGUGUUCACGGAGAUGAGCACCGACUGGCUGCAUUCCUUACCCAUGGAGACGCAGGAGGCGAUCUUACGAGGGGACUUCGACACCAAGAGCGCCUUCUGGCCAUACCCCUUCCCCUACAUCCGCACUGCGAAUCCUCAAGGAGACGGCAAGGAUGGGAGUGCCUUGAGCGUCCAGCAGGCAAACCUGUAUGCGUCUCUCACCGAGUACAGCCUGCGGGUGAAUGAGCGGCUCCUCAAAAAAUGCAUGAGGCCACCUAGACCAUGGCGACCGAGGCCAUAUUCGAGGCCGUACGGGUACAAAUACUACGAUUGAACCGGUGAGGUUGAGCAAAUUGAUGAGACCUCUUGAAAAGCUGUAGUCCAGAUUUAAGCCUGCCGCGCAUGGGCUUCACAAAGUUGGGCCCGCGCCCAAGAUGGGCGGUGCGCGCUGGCCGGGGUCAACCGGUGAGUCCAAUAUUCGGCGCCAGUGAAAGUGCCACGAGAUCAUUACGUGGCCCACACGUGUCACGAGGCCCAAAGAGGCAACGCUCGUGAGGUCCAG